CCCCGGCACCCGUCCUGCUUCCAUCCAUCAGCCCUUCUGCAUCUGUGGCUUUGGGGGAAAAGGGAACGAAGUAAGGAGGGCCAAAGGAAAAACAAACAACAAACAAACACAAACUAAAAGCGAAAGAUGCGCGUGGCGCGGUGAGGAGUCGCUGCGCGUCACCUGUUGCGGGACAAAGCAUGCGCGCGCUGAGCGCGGACCUGCGGGUCACCCUGCAGAUUCUGCCCGGUUUCUUCUCCAACUGCCUCUUCUUCGUGCUCUACGACUCGGUGGUGCUCGUGAAGCGCGUCGUGUCGCUCGUGAGCCUCUCGUGCGGCGGCGGCGGAGGCGCGUGGCACCAGCGCAUGCUCACCCCGGCCGGCGUGCGCUCCAUCUGGAACAGCUUUCUGCUGGACGCCUACAAGCAGGUGAAAUUGGGCGAGGCGGCUCCGAAUUCCAAAGUGGUACGCGUUCCUGGGAUCCCAGACGAGUGGAGCAGCAAGAAUGGAAAGACAAUGGACGAGUGUCACCUGCUGGACUUUGAAUCGUCCGAUCGGCCCUUGGUGGUCAACUUCGGCUCGGCUAGCUGACCCCCGUUCGUGAACCAGCUGCCGGUCUUCCGGAGGCUGGUGGAGAACUUCUCGGACGUGGCGGACUUCCUGCUCGUCUACAUUGACGAGGCUCACCCGUCUGAUGGAUGGGCGGGUCCACCUAUGGAUCUUUUCCCGUUCGAGGUGAAGAAACACCGCAACCUGGAGGAGCGCAUGGUGGCGGCGCAGAAGUUGGUCCAGCAUUUUUCUUUGCCGCCGCAGUGCCGGCUGGUGGCUGACUGCAUGGACAACAACGCCAACCUGGCCUACGGCGUCGCCUACGAAAGAGUGUGCAUCGUACAGAAGAAUAAAAUCUCUUAUUUGGGAGGGAAGGGUCCCUUUUAUUACAACCUUAAAAGUGUACAGAACUGGCUUGAACAGAGCUACGGGAAGCGGUGACAUUUUAACACCUCUAUGCCUCCAGUAGUGACGUGAACUUUGAAGAGUCGUCGGAAUCUUUUGAAGAUCAUUAGUGAACGCCAGCGAUUAGCGGGGAAUCGUUUCUUUCUGUUCUAAACAAGGACUUCGGAGACUAAACCAAGCAUUGCACUUCGACUUUUAUAUUUUGAUAGAAAAAAUGUGUAUGCACUAUAAACACCUAUAAACACUAUCAAUAUCAUGAGUCAUUUGCAUUAAUAGUACAUUAACAACUACAGCGUGUAAUUUUGUGCUUUUAUGCUCAGUAACAUGCAUCGCUUUUCAAAACCAAAUCGUCGAUCCCAGAAAAAAAAGGCCCCUGCCUGGUAUUAUACAGAAUACAAGAAAUAUAAUUUAUUUUUUUCUAUGUUAGUGUUUGUUAUUUUAAAUGUGUGGCAUGUUUACGUCCAGCAUUUUUUUGUUCCUAUGUCGCAAGUUGACAAUCGUGCUUAUUGCUUGCCAUUAUAGCCGUUUUAUCCGCUUUUGCUUGCCUGAUUACCACUUUAGCACAUCUGCUCCCAGUGGAAAAAAAACAUUCAUGAAGUAUGAACCAAGAAAAAAACACUAACAUGCUAAUUUCUACCUUUGUGCCUG